GAUGCGAUCAAUUCCGGGCUGGAGCCCGGAUAUGGAAGUAUCCGAUCCCCUACACGUUGUAUGGCUUGGUUGUGCGAAAGACGCUGUGGGCAGUGCGUUGAUGCUGGUGGCGGAGCACGAUCCACGAUGUGCAAGCGCAGACAGCUGGGAUGGGGCACUGGCCAUCAUUCUUUCGCAUUUCCACGACUGGUGUGAGGAGCGUGGUGUCGCAAAGAGCACCAUCGAAGACAUCAGCCUCACUCGCCUUGGCGUGGAUGCCGUGUCCUUCGACUUUCCCCACGGGUUUUCCAAGGGGUAUGCUAACAAGGUCAUGGUCAACUUUUGCGCGGAGUUCUUGCGCUCGACAACCAUCCAGCCGCUCAAGAUGGUGGCCGUUUGUUGCUGGGCGUUGGCCGAGUGGAGCUACGUUGUGGAGACUUCGGGUACCUGGAUGGAUGACCGCACGGCCCUUCGCGCGGUGCAACUUGCGAAGUUGUACUUGCAGACGCACAUGCUGAUGGCCAGGAGAUCUCUGCUGAGCGGCCAACCUCGGUGGAAGAUCCGGCCGCGCAUGCACUCCUUUGCAUGUGAGAUCAGCGCGCGUAUGGAGAACGGCAGCAGGAUGAGCCCGCGCGAAGCUGCAUGCUGGGGCGACGAAUCCUGGAUCGGAAGGACGUGCCAUGUUGGCUUGGCACCAGCUGUGCACACCUCGACGUUGCACUUGCGCAUCCUCCAAAGAGUGUUGAUGCAUGUAAAUGCUGAGCUUGCCAGCUUGCCGCGCCGGGAGUGA